AUGGAAGCCAAAGCUCCUGGGUUCCCUCCAAUGUACUACCUCCCAAUGUCAUUAUUCCUCUCUCUUCUAGGCAUUGAGCUGAUGAAUGGCUCGGCAGUCUCACAGUUCACCCUCCUAGGCCUGUCCCACUCCCGCCCUCUCCAGCUUCUCCUCUUCGGCCUGGUCUUGGCCUGCUAUGCCGCCAGCCUGCUGGGCAACUUCCUCAUUGUGGUGACCGUGCGGGUGGACCCGCGCCUCCUCCAGUCCCCCAUGUACUUCUUCCUGGCCAACCUCUCGCUCAUCGACAUGGCCCUCAGCUCAGUGGCUGCUCCCAGGAUGCUUGGCAACUUGCUGAGCGAGGGCAGCACCAUCUCCUAUGGGGGCUGCAUGGCCCAGCUCUUCUUCCUUCACUUCCUGGGUGGCUCCGAGAUGUUCCUCCUCACACUCAUGGCCUAUGACCGCUACGUGGCCAUCUGCCACCCACUGAGCUACGCCGAGACCAUGCACCGCCACCGCUGCCUGGGCCUCCUGGCAACCUGCUGGGCUGGAGGCUUGCUCCACUCUGCCACUCAGCUGGUGUUGGUGGUCCGGCUGCCAUUUUGUGGGCCCAGCAAGCUGGAUAAUUUCUAUUGCGAUGUACCUCAGGUGGUCAAGCUAGCUUGCACCGACACCUACAUGGUAGAGAUGCUCAUGGUGUCCAACAGUGGCCUGAUCUCUCUGGUCUGCUUCCUGGUCUUGCUGGGGUCAUAUGGUGUCAUCUUGGUGACUCUCAGGGGACGCUUUGGUGAUGGGGGUGGUGGGAAGGCUUUGUCCACCUGUAGCGCCCACCUGAUGGUGGUGAGCCUCAUCUUUGUACCCUGCAUUUUCGUCUACCUCCGGCCUUUCUCCAGCUCACGGAUGGACAAGAUGGCCUCCAUCUUCUACACCAUCAUCACGCCAGUGCUGAACCCCAUUAUCUACACCCUGAGGAACCAGGAGGUCAAAGAAGCCAUGAAGCGACUGAGGCAUAGGUUUUGGUUCCCUUGUUGGACAUAGAAAUCAAAUGGGAGCAGAGAAAAAGAGUGAUUUAUUUAUUUAUUUAUUUUACGAGGAUCAGUGUAAAGUUUUGCAUGUGGCAUAGGGAUCUACAUGAAAAAAAUCAUGCGGUUCUAGGAAUAUGUUUGGUUUCUUCUUAGGCAGGUGUCAGGGUGUUUUUAAUGAGGAUUUCUGCCAAAUUUGUCAUGUGACACUGGGAUCCUUGCACAUUUUUUUCACCCUUUGUGUUUCAGUGUCUCCUCAGUGAGUCUCGAAGGUGAGUGGGUGGGAGGUUAAAUGUUUUUCAGGAGGAUUCGUGAAAAUUUUUUCAUGUGACAUCUGGAGCAAUGGAAAAAAAUGUAUGUGGCUUUUGGAUUGUCUCUGUGUUUUUGGUGUAGUGUUAAGGUUGGUAACGGAAGUAAUUGGUUGGAAUGAUUUUCAUGAUGACAGGUGCAAAAUGUCACAUUUAAUAAUGGGAUCAGUGAGGAAUUUUUCAUGUGGUCUCAGUGCCCUAAUUGGUUUUGGUUUGUUGUUAGGAAGGAGAUGGGGGGUCAUGGAGUAAUGGUGAGAAAGAUUUGCACAAGGUUAGAAUCAUGGAGUCAUACACGAUCCCUUAAUGGUUUGGGUUUAUUUCAUAAAGGAGGUUUGGGGAGUUGGGUUUAAGUUGUUGGCAGUGGACAGGGGGAUUAGUGAAAAAGAUUUUCACGAUGAUCCAUGCACAUCCUUUCAUGCAGCAUUGGGCUCUGUGUGCCAGUUUCCACAACUCUGCAGGUCCCCUUCAGCUGGGACCCAGUUGCAGUGCAUUGUUGGAAAAUAGUGGGAAAGCUUUCCCUGGAGUUGUGUGUGAAAUUUCUCACAUGGAUUCAAGACUCCGGGGCUCUCAUAAAGGAAAAGAAAGCUUUUGGGAAGAACUGGGGAACAUGUUCUUCUGGAAGAUAAAUACAACAUUUUUCAUAUGGCUUCAGAAGUUAUUAUUUUGAUUUCUCCUUAUGAAGGAUGUGGGUGAUAGGGGGAAGGGGUGAUUUUUUUUUCACAAGUAUCCAUGCAAUUUUUUCAAAUGAGCUGGGUGAAUAAUGGCAGUUCCAAAUAUGAGAGUCUGGACAUUUUUUUUUGAAACCAAAAAACCUUGGUUCAAGUAGAACCAGAUUUGAAAAUUUGAA